GCCAGCUGCCGCCAGACUGACUGAGCUUCAUGGUGGGGAGUCUGCACGUGUUCGGCGAAAAACAGAGGAAAUUAGACUAAUUUAGCACUUAAUUGAUAAUUUUUGCACUGCCCUGUGUGCCUCUUUGUGGACAGGUUGUAAUCUGAGGUAUUGAACUCCUGACAUGAUGAUUACAAGAAGAGAAAUUGAUGUAUUGGCGCUCGCUAACAGCAUGUGAGUUAGCGUUAGCUGAGAACAACAUGCCCAGACUUGUCCCUUACCGCACACGCUGGGAGAAGGAAGGAAUAAGGACCCACAACGUUACAUAAUUUAGUUAAUUUUUGUAUGACGAAUACAAUGGAUUACCAGUUCCCAGAGCAACUUUACCCUUCGUUUUACAACUGCGGACCUCCAGACUUGGUCCUGAAACACUGUGCAGGAAACUGGGGCUGCUACGACGGAGUCCGACCUCAGGGUGGCUCUGGUCCUCUCUCCAGCUGGACCUUUACCUCCAGGCAUCAGGUCAGAGGGGAGACAUGGCGUCACACAGAGCCAGCACCAGUUCCCCUCCUGCCCCCCAAACACUCUGUCCUCUGGCCUUCGACGCCUCCAGAUCCGCAGGAUUUCCCAGAACAUAUGCAGAACUUCUUCAUGGACCACUGCCAGGAUGCCUUCGGGAGCAUGAGCGAAAUUCUGAAUGAAGACUUCAUCUUCAAACAAGGAACGAAAAAGAUGUCUCGCAUUGACUCAGUCUACAUGAGGAAAAUGGAAAGCCUCAUCAAAAAGGGAAAGUUGAAAAAGCGUCCGUUGUCGUUUCCCUCCAAGGUGCUGAACACGUACGGCUCCAUGCUGUCGGACGUGUUGGCCGCCGUGCCCCCCGCCCUGCUUGGCUCCCUGCUGUUCGAGGAGCUGAAGGAGCAGAGGGAGCGCAUGCUGUUCUCUGAAGCAGCCACAGGGGGCGCUCUGGCCUUCGUCCCUUUCUCACAGAGCAGCAGCGACUCUCAGAGCGGCUGCCUCCUCUACCCCGGGAACCAGGGGCUGGACUGCCUCAACUUCCAGGGAGUGGAGCUGCAGCAGCACAGAGGGACCCCCCCCUGUUUGAACACCAGCAGCUCUAAUCUGUCGAGCUUCCAGCUGAAGGCCCCCGUCAGACAGAUCAGCACCGCCUCACUUAUCAACAACUGUUGUGUGGCCGUGCGCUCGGAUCACCUGUGUGGAGUCUGGAGGUUCAGUGAAGGAAACAAGCCUCAGCUGAUGGAAGUUGUCAACACCAAAGAGGUCGCCACCUGCAUCAGUGUCAGUCCUCAUGUUCUAGGUGAAGUUCUGGUGGCGAGUGAGAGCGGAGCGGUAGACCUGUGGACCGUCGGCAGAGGGAUGCAGAGGGUUCGGGAGGAGGAGGAAAACCUGUACUUCAACGCCAAGUCAUCAUGGCGAUGGUGCGAGUUCUCCGCCCACCCCAGGGUGAUGGUGUAUGCAGACAGGACGGGGGUGGAGCUCACUGACAUCAGGGUGAGUCCUGUCUCAAAUCACACUCUGUUUCGUAUCAGCAACACCGCCGAAUGUCGCAGUGGAGAGAGACUCAUCCUGUCCAGAUACCUGGCAGACAUCCACCCCUUCCACCACCUCAUCACCACUCAGCACUCGGCCUACAUCAUGGACGAGCGUUUCCCCUGCGUGCACAUGCUCAAGUGGGAUCACAUGAUGCAGUCUCCACCAAUGUUCUGUCACACUUUCCCUGGCUCCGCCUCCUCCCGGACCGCUAAGGUUCUGCUGGGCUCCCACAGCUCUCAAGAAAUCACCCUGCUGCAGUACUCAGGGGGGAAAGCCGAAGCCUGUUCCAGUCGGGGUCCUCCUCAGGCGCUGCUCAGACCCAGAGACAGCCUGAGACACCUUCCUGUCCAACUCCCUCACCGCCUGGAGCUGGCCACCAGCAGACUGUCCUCACCGGCAGCAGGUCUGACUUGUAUCCAGAAGAGAGGAGGAGGAGAGGCAGGGGGCGAGGAGUGUAUCUGUAUCCUCCAGCUGACGGAGGCGGGGGAUAUUUUCUACCAGAUCCUGGAGCACGAGCAGUCGCACACCCCUCCACCAGCUAUGGAGAAAAACACAAUUUCAGAGAUAAAUCCAGCCCAACAACCACCACAGUCGUUGAGGCUCAUAUCGGAAGUAUCGAGCGACGAAGACAUAAUCGGCCCGACUCAGACGCAGAGCUUUGUGGCUGAAACACAGGAGGAGGAACGGCCAGAACUGGACAUGUACGCUUUCUCUAACGAGUCCUGGUCCCCAAGAAAGUCCCGCCGCAUAAAGAAUUUGCAGCUGCAGGUCAUCGUCAAUGACUAUGACAAUGAUGAAACCGUGAGUGGACUGGACACAGGUUUGAAUGAGGAAACCGUGAGUGAAGAAAAAGCUGAUAUUCCAGAGGAACCCAGCCGUGUGGAGGAAACAACAAGCGGCAGCCAGAAGCUCAGCGACGGUGUUCUGGUCACAUGGAAACAGUGGCUGCAGAAAUUGAUGCAAAAGAGUCACAAGAAUAAGCCCCGCCCACAGCUCAGGCAGCCCUUCAAAAUCACAACUAAAGAACUCAUCUACCUGUCGUCUGACGAUGAAGCGAGAGGAGAGGAUUCAGAGGAGAAGGAGCGCGUGGAGAACGUGAGGCGGGACCUCAGAGCGUGCAUGACCAACCGCUCGCUGCUCGUUCACAGCGCCGUCUCCGCCUCUCUCGGAGACCAGGAGGUGGUGGAGGUGCCCGACGCGGUGAAUACUGACGACUGGGGGGAUCCGACGAGCGAGCGCUUCACUGUCUCCUGGCAGGGGGAGGGGGCCUGGCAGGCGUGGUGGGUGGAGAACCUGGGGCUGAACAGGGAGAAGAAGGUGGAGGCUCUGAGGAGGAAGAGGAGGAGGGAGAAGGAGGUGAGGAGAGCGUCCAGUCAGCGCUCGGUGCUGUCCAGCAGCUUCUGCUCGUCUCUGAGCUACCAGUCGGACCUGAGCGACUUCUCAGAUCUGUCCGGAUGGUCCUCGUCCGCCAGUUUGGGGGCGUGGUCCGACAGCGAGGGGGGGCUGUCCCAGUCGGAGGGGUCUGUAGGGAGCGGGAUCCCACGAGCUGCAACACCCUCCUCCAGUCAAACAGACCCCACGCCUCAACCAGGGAACCAGACCCCAACUUCUCAACCAGGGAACCAGACCCCCAGUUCUCAACCAGGGAACCAGACCCCCACUUCUCAACGAGGGAACCAGACCCCCACUUCUCAACCAGGGAACCAGACCCCCACUUCUCAACGAGGGAACCAGACCCCCACUUCUCAACCAGGGAACCAGACCCCCACUUCUCAACGAGGGAACCAGACCCCCACUUCUCAACCAGGGAACCAGACCCCCACUUCUCAACCAGGGAACCAGACCCCCACUUCUCAACCAGGGAACCAGACCCCCACUUCUCAACCAGGGAACCAGACCCCCACUUCUCAACGAGGGAACCAGACCCCCACUUCUCAACGAGGGAACCAGACCCCCACUUCUCAACGAGGGAACCAGACCCCCACUUCUCAACGAGGGAACCAGACCCCCACUUCUCAACGAGGGAACCAGACCCCCAGCAGAACCAACGCCCCCCCAAACACACCUAAACCUCUCGACUCCACCCCGGCCACUGUGAGGAGGAGCAAACCCCAAGAAGACUACCUCAGCGCUCUGUUCGCACCGCAGGUAAGAGGGAGGGGUAACGACUACAGAUCUUUCUCGUCCACACAGAAGCUUUGGUGGCGCGUGAGGCUCAGGUUUGGGAAGGCUAAAUAACUUUUUUUACCUGAUGCUAUAGAUAAGAGAUCAACCGAGAUUAACUCAGUGAAAGCACCGCCUGCUGACCAAUCAGA